AGUAGUUUCUUCAGCUACAUGGAACCAAGAAACCACACACAUUUUCAAAAAUUCAUCCUUCUUGGGCUCUCAGAAGAGGCAGAGCUGCAAUCCUUACUUUUCGGACUGUUCCUGUCUAUGUACUUGGUCACCUUCACUGGGAACCUGCUCAUCAUCCUGACCAUCAUCAAGGACAACCACCUCCACACACCCAUGUACUUCUUCCUUUCCAACCUCUCCUUUACAGACAUCUGUUUAACCUCCACCACAGUCCCAAAGAUGCUGUUCAACAUCCAGAUGCAGAACAGAGUUAUUUCUUAUGAACACUGCAUCACCCAGAUGCACCUUUUCCUGGUUUUUACAGGAUUAGAUCAUUUCCUGUUGACAGUGAUGGCCUAUGACCGGUUUGUGGCCAUCUGUCACCCACUGCACUACACGGUCAUCAUGAACCCAAGGUUCUGCGGCCUCCUGCUUCUGGCCUCCUGGUUAUUGAGUGUGCUGGAUGCUCUAUUACAUGGGCUAAUGGUUUUGCGACUGUCCUUUUGUACAGAGUUGGAAAUCUCCCAUUUUUUCUGUGAACUUAACCAGGUGGUCCAACUUGCUUGCUCUGACACAUUCCUCAAUACUUUAGCAAUUUAUUUUGCAGCUGGGCUUCUGGGUGUUAUCCCACUCACUGGGAUUCUUUUCUCUUACACGAAGAUUGUGUCCUCCAUUUUGAAAAUUUCAUCAGCAGGGGGCAAGUAUAAAGCCUUUUCUACUUGUGGGUCUCACCUCUCUGUGGUUUCCUUGUUCUAUGGUACAGGUCUUGGGGUUUAUCUCAGUUCUGCUGCUGCUCAAAAUUCCAGGUCCAGUGCAAUCGCCUCAGUAAUGUACACUGUAGCCACACCCAUGCUGAACCCCUUUAUCUACAGUCUUAGAAACAAGGACAUAAAGCAGGCCCUAGGGAAACUUUGCAGUUGA